UCGCCGCGCCCGGGCGGGUCCCCGCGGCCUCCCCCCGCGUGAAAGUGAAAGUGUCGGCCCCGCGAGGUCCGCAGGGGGCGGGGCCGGCGCGGACCUGGGAGCGGGCGCCGGGCACCGGAGGGGCCAUGGAUGGGCUCAGCCGCCGCCUCCGAGCCAGCCUGCGACUGAAGCGUGGCCGCGGGGGAUCUGUCCAGGACAGCCCCGGGGAGGCUGCGAAGGAGCCGGAGAGGGCCCCGGAGCACUGCCUGGCCACCUUCGCCGGAGGACAGCAUUUCUUUGAAUACCUCCUCGUGGUUUCCCUCAAAAAGAAGCGAUCAGGGGAGGAUUAUGAGCCCACGAUCACCUACCAGUUUCCCAAGCGGGAGAACCUGCUUCGGGGCCAACAGGAGGAGGAGGAACGGCUGCUCAGUGCCAUCCCCUUGUUCUGCUUCCCGGAUGGGAACGAGUGGGCCCCCCUCACUGAGUAUCCCAGGGAGACCUUCUCCUUCGUGCUGACCAACGUGGACGGGAGCAGGAAGAUUGGCUACUGCAGGCGCCUCCUGGUCUGUGCAGCUCAGAACUGUCCCCUCCUCUCUGCAGCCUGCUGGCGCCACAGCGGGGCCGGCUCAGGCCUCCGCUGCACAAGCCAGGCCCCUGGCAGUGGCGGCUGCAGAGAGCACGGCCCAGCACCCGCUGCCAUCCCGCCGGCCGCGGCCCUCGGCUCCCCAAGGUGUACUGCAUCAUCAGCUGCAUCGGCUGCUUCGGCCUGUUCUCCAAGAUCCUGGAUGAGGUGGAGAAGCGGCACCAGAUCUCCAUGGCCGUCAUCUACCCGUUCAUGCAGGGCCUCCGGGAGGCCGCCUUCCCCGCUCCCGGGAAGACCGUCACCCUCAAGAGCUUCAUCCCCGACUCGGGCACCGAGGUGGGUGCAACAGGAGUUCAUCUCCCUGACGCGGCCCCUGGACUCCCACCUGGAACACGUGGACUUCAGUUCUCUGUUGCGCUGCCUCAGCUUCGAACAGAUCCUGCAGCUCUUCGCCUCCGCGGUGCUGGAGCGGAGGAUCAUCUUCCUGGCAGAAGGGCUCAGCACCCUGUCGCAGUGUAUCCACGCCGCCGCCGCGCUGCUCUACCCCUUCAGCUGGGCGCACACCUACAUCCCCGUGGUCCCCGAGAGCCUGCUGGCCACCGUGUGCUGCCCCACGCCCUUCAUGGUGGGAGUGCAGAUGCGCUUCCUGCAGGACGUUCUGGACAGCCCCAUGGAAGAGGUCCUGCUGGUGAAUCUUUGUGAAGGAACCUUCUUAAUGUCAGUGGGUGACGAAAAAGACAUCCUACCUCCCAAGCUUCAGGAUGACAUCUUGGAGUCUCUCAGUCAGGGGAUCGAUGAGCAACAGACUCCAGAACAAGUCAACGAGCAUGUUUCAGGCCCUUUCGUGCAGUUCUUUGUCAAGACCGUGGGCCACUACGCUUCCUAUAUCAGGUGGGACGCCAACGGGCAAGGCCGCUUCCAAGAACGGGCCUUCUACAAGGCUCUGCCCUCCAAGGCCAACCGCCGGUUCGUGAAGAAGUUCGUGAAGACACAGCUCUUCUCGCUUUUCAUCCAGGAAGCGGAGAAGAGCAAGAACCCUCCUGCAGGCUAUUUCCAACGGAAAAUACGUGACUAUGAAGAACAGAAGAAACAGAAGAAAUCGAGGGGAAAGUCUGUGAAAUAGGAACGGUGGUGAAGGGGAGUGACUAGACCCACAGGCCAGUUGUGGACUUUGGCCCCUGCCAACAUGGCAGGGUAGGCGAAAGCUCUCAGCUCCGGCACCCACAAGUCUUCUCCUGAGUCCUGGGAACCAGGUCUUGCUUCGAGCUGGUGUCUCGAGUUUGGGAUCCCUGGAAUCUGCUUUCUCAAGGCUUCGGAAGGCUCUGGCCUCUGUGCUCAGAGCAGGGCUCACCUUGUGCAGCGGGGACACAGAGCGGAACAGGAGCACAGGUGUCACAGAGACGUAGGCGUUGCUGGAACUGCCCCGUCCCAGGAACCACUAUUACAACACCCUCCGGAGAAAGCAGCUGUGGCCCGAAGGCUCCGGCUCUCCACGUAAGAAGGUCUGUGGACACGCGAGGAUAAGAAUAAAAUGAAAACUUCCUGUGGU